AUGGGCUGGUUAGAGGGCAUGUCCGAGCUGGGGAUCGGCUCAACCACUGGGUCCCAUCACCACCACCACAGCAGCAAGAGCAGGAGCAAGAGUGUUAAACACCAGUCACCGCGGGGCUCUGGCAUCUUUGGCCUGGGCGAUAGCAGGAGCGGGAAACACCACUCGUCGCCGCGUGGGUCGGGAAUCUUUGGCCUGGGCGACAGCAAGAGUAGUAAACACCACUCGUCGCCGCGGGGGUCGGGGAUCUUUGGCUUAGGUGAUCACCAUGGGAAGCACAACUCUUCGCGGUCAAGCUUCUUUGGAUUUGGCGACAAUUACGCGAAGCACAGCUCUUCGCGGUCAAGCUUCUUCGCUCGUGGUUGCAAUGGCGACAGAUGCAAUAUGGUGCAAUGGACGGCCCAAAGAAGACGCAUAUCGCUAAUGGAUGAGCUGAGACGAACAGGCACCUCACACAAUCACCGCUCCUCCUCCUCGGCCUACCGCCGCUCCCCCCGUACAGGCUUCAUGCAGCGCAUGUAUAAUAAACUGCGACGCCUGCUCCGUGAUCUCGUCUACUACAUGAAGAGGCACCCCAUGAAAGUCUUUGUUCUGGUUAUCCUGCCACUUAUCACCGGCGGCGCCCUAGCUGCUCUGUUGGCCAAGUUCGGGAUCCGGAUGCCGGCCGGGCUGGAGAAGAUGUUUUAUCAGGCUGGGGGUAGUGGCAGUGGGGUGGGCGUCAACCAUAGAGGAGAGACGCAGUGGGAGCGGAGACGAGUGGAGGGGAACUACCCGAUAGGUGGUGGCGGUGGUGGUGCUGGAGGAGGUGGAGGGGGGAUAGGCAAUGCUUUGGGGGGAUUGGGGAGUAUCCUGGGGGGUAUGGGAGGGGUGGGUGGUGCGGUUAGUCUGGCGAGGCUGUUCAUGAAAGGUGGUGACCGUGGGGGGAAAAGAGCAGAGAGGAAUAAAGACCAGAGGCAGGGAGUGUUCUGCAAAGAACGAGCUAACCAACAGGAGUUGGGCAUCGGAUUGGAUGAUCGGAGAAGCAAUAUGGAUGUUGAUCCGAUAUGGGGCUUCCUCAGGAAAGCAAGCAAUGGGCGAGGCGCAGGCAAAGGCGUUAUUUAG